AUGAACGAACAGAAUCCAAAGUCGCCGGGCGUGGGUUUGCUGGACGAAGAGGGCAUUUGCAUGCUGUCCCUCGAUGGAGGCGGGGUACGCGGCUUAUCUUCACUAUACGUGCUCAAACGCAUCAUGGAUGGACAUAAUGCCGAUAGGAAGAGACUGGGACGAAGUGCGCAGAAGCCAGCGGAUAUCUUUGACCUGAUCGGCGGGACGAGUACGGGCGGACUGAUCGCUAUCAUGCUUGGAAGGCUACAAAUGGAUGUCGACGAAUGUAUUUCAGCCUAUAAUGACCUAAUCAAGGUGGUCUUCAACGAGAAGGCAAGGGUUCACCAGUCAAAGUUUAGCUUGCUGGGGCAGACGCAGGCUCGAUUCGAUUCUGGAGGACUCAAAGCGGCGAUCGAGAAGACUUUGAAGGACAGAGGGCUAUCGCCAACAGACAGUAUGGUUGAUAGCCGUGAACCUGACUGCAAGGUCUUUGUUUGCGCAACCUCAAAGCUCGAUGCUGCUGUAUGUCGAUUCAGGAGUUACAGCAGCCAUAAAAGCUCUGUCAGCGCUACCAUCUGCCAAGCAGCUCGGGCAACAUUCGCUGCAACCACUUUCUUCAACCCGGUCUCCAUCGAGGGCAUGAAAUUCGUGGACGGGGCUCUCGGAGCCAAUAACCCAGUCGACCAAGUUGAAGAAGAGGCCAUGGAGAUAUGGUGUCCGGCCACAGGCAACCUGCAGCCACUGGUCAAGUGCUUUAUAUCAAUAGGAACAGGCAGACUUCCAAUAUACAACAUCGACGAUCGAGUCGAUAAGUUCAUAGGUGCCCUGGCUAAAAUGGCAACAGAUGCUGAGAAGGUAGCAGAAGCAUCGAUUAAGAGGUGGAGGCAGCACUUUGAACAAGGGCGGUACUUUCGGUUCAACGUCGAUCAUGGAUUACAGACUGUAGGGAUGAAGGAGUACCGGAAGAAAAGGGAGAUUCAGGCUGCCACCGAUAGGUAUCUGGACAGUCAAGUCCAAAGCUUCUGGGUCCAGAGAUGCGUAGAGAACCUAAUACUAAAGAAAAGGAGUACUAGGCCGGAUUUUGAACCGCUGAUCACGCCACAACAAGAUUUCGUGACUUCAAGCCCGAGUCCACAGGGUCCAGAAAGCUCUCAAGAAAAUCAGUCUAAGCAACCUACAUCUUGGGAGACAAAGUCACCACCACAGCCUUGCUACUAUGUACCAACAAAGCUGCCCCCUUUCUCUAUAGACAGGCCCAACUACCUCAAAAAAUUGCAGGCCGCCUUCCCCCAAGAUCAACACCAGAGAGCGGCAAUUUCGGGGCUUCCCGGGUCCGGCAAGACCCAAAUCGCAAUUCAAUUUGCAGAAUGGGUUCAUUCAUCAUACCCGAAAUACUCUAUCUUUUGGCUCUCAGCAGACAACUUCGAGGAGUCCUACUCGCGGAUUGCACAGAAGUUGGAUCUGUUUCGCCGCUAUGAACAUGAGUCCAAAUAUACGGAUGCAAGAGUCCUGUUUCAUCGUUAUUUAUCGUCAGAACGUCUUGGAAGGUGGUUCCUCAUUAUUGACGACGCGGAUACCGACAAUGGCCCAUCAAGUCCUAGUGCUCAGCCCAAGAGUGUUUUCAGCGAUCUACCUCAUAACGAAGAGGGUAACAUCUUAUUCAUCACACAUUCGAUGAAAGCUGCAACCGCCACCGUUGGAAAUCAAGUGAACAAGGUCAUCAAAGUCAGUGGACUAGAAAUCCCAGACGCAAUCUCCAUUCUAAGACAUUCUCUGUUCAACAACGGGCUGCUUUCAGAUGAAGAUAUAGUGAAGGAACUAGAUCCGAACUAA